AUGACUCGUAUUGAUACAUUCCAUGGAAUGGUUGUUUCAAAAUACUUCUCCUCAAUGAUCGACUUUAUCAAUUUCACUCUUGUGAACACAAAAUUUAAAGACAAUAUGGAUAUGUUCCAUGCAAAUCCAAUACCUCUCACUCUCAAGACUUUUAAAUUCUUUUCAAAGAUAGAAACACUCAAUUUAUGGUCUGAAGAAGACGAAUCUUUUGGAAACACAAUCCUCAUCGCUUAUAAGCCAAAAGUAGUUUAUGAUGAAUACAAUGACGAAGACGAAGUAAACGAUGACAAUGAAGAACCAAACUGUGGAACUGACGAUUGUGGUGAUGAUCACGUCGAGCUUCCACAGCAAAAUAAUGAAGAAGUUGUUGAAAACGAAACAAAGAAAAUAAACGAAGAGAAUGACCAACCGAAUGAUCAAAACGAAGAGAACAAUUGGAAUGACCAAGAUGAAGAAACCGUACAACAAAAUAUCGAAACAAUCAAUUGUUGUGAUGUUCAGCCAGACUUCUUAUCACAAGAAAAUGGAGAGAUUGUUGAUAAUCAAGAAGAAAGAACAAAUGACGAAAGUAAUGAAGAUGUCAUUGAACAAACAACAAAUCAAAAUGAAGAUGAAAACAUUAACGUUGAAGAAGAAAUUGAUGAAAUCGAAGAAACCAAAAUAGAGUACAGACAGACAACUUCUCAAAUAACAGAUGCAACUCAAAAAGUCAAGUUCUUUAAUAUAAACGUUUGGUUCAAUGUCAAUUACCACACUACACAGAAAGAAGAGAACAAAAUGUUCACAUUUAAAAAUGUCACAUAUGAAAGCUACGACCGUAAGAUUUUUGGUAUAGCAAUUCCUGAAUGUGUCAAUUCUCUUGGUGAAUCUUGUUAUACUAAUACAAAGAAGAUGACUACUUUUGUUGUUCCACAAAACAUUUUGGCUAUUAAAUACUUCUGUUUUAAUCGUUGUGGUAAUUUGACAUCAUUUGAAUUUCCAAAGGUGUAG